AUGAUCUGCAGAAACCUGGCAGGGUCAGAGGAGUUCUCUGAGGAGGAGCUGGAGCUGUGCAUGCUGGGUCAGGGGGAGGAUAACGAAGGGAGCGACGGAAACCCCAAGGGCCCCUUCCAGGACAGUGAGGGCUCAGCCAGCAGCCCCCCCAGCGACGAUCCUGAGGAGGGCCAGGCCAAGAAGCGCAGCCGCCCAGUCCGCUCCAAGGCCCGCCGUGUGGCUGCCAACGUCCGUGAGCGCAAACGCAUCCUGGACUACAACCAGGCCUUCAAUGCUCUACGUGUGGCUCUCAACCACGACCUUAGCGGCAAGAGGCUCUCCAAGAUUUCCACCCUGCAGAGGGCCAUCAACCGCAUCUCAGCCCUGUCUGUCUUCCUCAGCUCCAACCCCCCCAGUAAGCCCUGCUCCCACCGGGAGUGCCACAGGCCGGCUGGGGGGGUGACAGUCGCUCCUCGCCAGGAGCCCCAAAGCUACAUCUCCUGGCACCAGGCAUCACUCCCCCACCAGAUAGAGCCCCAGCAGGGCACCCAUCCUCACAGGCUGCCAACAGAGACACACCUCUACAUGGACAGCAUGGGCUCCUCGUGUCCACCCUCACCACACUACCCCUGCUACUCCACCGAGGGCCAGUUGUACCCCUUACACGGACACUGUGGGAAAGGGAACCCCUUGGAGCAGCUGCCCAGCUCUAUCAGGUACACCCAGGUGGGCGAGGGGCUGGGGUACCAGACGGGGGUGUGGGCCUCCUGCGCUCAGGGCUACAUGGAUGCGUUUGUGGACCCGUCUCCAGCCUUGGGCCUCCCCUGGCAGGUGAGCUACCUCCAGGAGACAGCAAGCCCCCAGCACAACCUGUCCCUGCUCUGA